AUGUCAAAUGAAGGAAAUCUAAAUGCAGCGAAAAAGUCAAACACAAUUGAAGGUUCAAAAUCAAAUGUGAUAGAAGAAUCAGCAAAAGGUAUAUCUUCAUUAAUACUAGUACAAAUAGCGACAAAACUUUUUACAUUUUUAUUAAAUCAAUUAUUAAUUAAAUUUAUAUCACCAAAAAUAUUUGGAUUAUCAAUUUAUUUAGAAUUUUUAAUUUCAACAAUACUUUUUUUCAGUAGAGAAUCAAUUAGAUUAUCAAUUCAAAGAAUUCAAAAUAAUGAUGAUUUAAAAUUAAAAAAUAAAACUUUACAAAAAAUUAUAAAUUUUGGAUUUUUACCUAUUAUCAUAUCAAUUCCAAUAACUUUAUUAAUUGGAUAUUUUCAAGGUUUUAAAUCAGAUAAUUUUCAAAAUUAUUUUUUAAAUUUACCAUUCCAUAAUUUAGUUGUAGUACUUUUAAUUUUACUGAUUUUUUUAGAAUUAAUUAUUGAACCUAUAUAUUGUAUUUAUCAAUAUCAAUUAGAAUUUGGAAAAAGAUCAAAGUUUGAAAGUAUAUCAUUAUUUGUGAAAUGUAUUACUACUUUUAUUGGGGUAUAUUUGGCAAAGCAAUACAAUUCAUCAUCAUUGGAAUUUAGCGGAUUGUCAGUAUUAGCUUUUGCUUUUGGUCAAAUAUCAUAUUCUUUGCUGAUUUUUUUAUUAUAUUCCGUUUCAUUCAUAGGAUUCAAUAAAGUCAACAAUACUCAUAUCAAAUGUUCAAUCACUAAAAUUGAUGAAGGUUCCAAGUUUUAUUAUUUUGACUCUAAUGUUGUUGAAAUUUUUAAAAGUUUUUUCAUUCAAAUGAUCUUCAAACAAUUAUUAACUGAGGGUGAUAAAUUAUUAAUUGCAUAUUUAUGUACUAUUGAAGAACAAGGAACAUAUGCAGUUAUUGUAAAUUAUGGUUCAAUUAUAGCAAGAUUAUUAUUUCAACCAUUAGAAGAAUCAACAAGAUUAAUGUUAACUAAAAUUAUAAAUAGUACUCAAUCUAAAUCAAAAUCAUUAUUACAAUCUUUUACAUAUAUCAAAAUGAUAAGUUUAUUUUAUUUUAAUUUAUGUUUAUUCUUGUUGUUUGCAGGUAUAACAAAUGGAUCUUUUUUAUUAAGAUUUAUUAUUGGUGGUAAGAAUAAAUGGGAACAAACUGAAAUUUUUGAGUUAUUUCCUUUAUAUAUUGCAUAUAUUCCAUUUUUAGCUUUUAAUGGUAUAUUUGAAGCAUUUUUUACAAGUAUUGUUAAACCAUCAGAUAUGCAGAAAUAUUCAAAUUUUUUAACAUUUAUUACUAUUUCUAUAUUAGGAUUAUCAUAUUUAUUAAUUAAAGAAAUGAAAUUAAGAUUAUCUGGUUUAAUGAUUGCAAGUAUGGUUAAUAUGUUAAUGAGAAUAAUUUAUUGUGCUAUAGCUAUCAAAGAUUAUUUCAAACCUCUUGAUAAAAAUAUUGGUGUAUCCCAAAUUUUACUGUAUGUUUCUGGAUCAAUAGCUGUAACUAUAAGUAUUUGGUUAUUACAAUAUUUUUUUGUAUUUAAGGAAAGAUCACUUCUAACUACUAGUUGGGAAGAUUUAUUUAAAAGUGCUGUACUAUCUUUUGUCUUAUUAAUAAAUUUGAUGAUAUUAGAAAGGCAAAACUUACAACAUACAAUUAGAUCAGUUUUUAGGAUUAAAACGGAAUAG